GGGGCGGCCAGGCCGGGCCGGGCCGGGGCGGAGGCGGCGGCUCUGGCAGAGCCGGCGGGGGAAGGGCCCAGGGACGUAGGGCUGGUUGGAGAAGCUGCGGUCCGCCGGGAUGGACCACCACCAGCCCGCCAGCCGCUACCGAGUGCUUCACAAUGAGGAUGACCCCUCAGAGUCUUCAGCGGCUGAGCAGCCUUCCACGUCUACGGAGGCUACGCAGAUGCCCCAGACGGCAGCCUUAUCUGAAGCAGAUACUUCCCCUCCACCUUACUGUAGCAUAGCUGUAGAAGCAGCUGCAACCUCAGAAACACACAAUGAAUUUUAUCCUGUACCACCUCCAUAUAGUGUAGCUACCUCUCUUCCUACUUAUGAUGAAGCAGAGAAGGCCAAAGCUGCAGCAAUGGCAGCUGCUGCAGCAGAAGUUGCCCAACGACACGCCCAGUUUAGGGAGUCUAGGAGUCUGUUUGAUGAAAUAUUCCUCAGUCGUCCAGAGGAAGAAGAGUAUCCACCACGGGAUGAUUUCAGUGAUGCAGAUCAGCUUAGAGUGGGCAAUGAUGGCAUCUUCAUGUUGGCAUUUUUCAUGGCGUUUAUUUUCAACUGGAUUGGAUUUUGUUUAUCCUUCUGUAUAACAAAUACCAUAGCUGGAAGGUAUGGUGCAAUCUGUGGAUUUGGUCUGUCCCUGAUCAAAUGGAUUCUCAUUGUACGGUUUUCAGAUUAUUUUACUGGAUAUUUCAAUGGACAGUACUGGCUUUGGUGGAUAUUUCUUGUACUGGGACUCCUCCUGUUCUUUCGAGGCUUUGUUAAUUAUCUUAAAGUCAGAAAUAUGUCUGAAAGCAUGGCAGCUGCUCACAGAACAAGAUUUUUUUUCUUGUACUGAAGGUGGGUCUAUUGGACUUCACUAAACUGCAUGACAAGGUUUAACAUCCAUUAGCAAUGCUACUUCUAGUGAAUCACUGCGAUGAACUGAAGUACAACUCUUUCUUUAUCUCCAGACUGCGUCAAACAGACAUUCCUUUCCUGUACCAGUGUGAAACUUCCAGAUGAUCUGUAACCCUUCAAGUUCGUAGGAUAGAAGACUACUAAAACCAGAAAAUGAAUUAGUGAAGAUGCGGCUUCAAAAACAAAUGGCAGGAUGGUUUAUUCUCAAAUACCAGUUCUGGUCAUCCUAGUAAAUAUUUAUAAUUGCUGUCUUUUGUUUUAGCACAUUUGUAUAUGUGCUUAUUAGAAAGAUAGCAUUGAAGUAAGAACAAACCCACCUGUUACUAUAGAUUUGGUACAGUCAGACUCGGUUAAUCUGUGCUUGUUGUAUCGGAAAGAUUUAAGUGGUAACUUGUUUCACAGCAUGUAUGUACCACUGAGUUGUUGAUCUGAACUUUGAGUACAGUGAAAUGCAUUAAAUGAUUCAGAUUAACCAGUUCAGACAGUUGGGGUUUUUCUUUAUAUAAUUUAGAUUCAUCUAAUGAUUGUGUAGAACAUUUUUAAGUUUACUAAAUCCCAAGGUUCCUUGUUGUCACAGCCUUCUAUUUGCCGUUAUUUUAUCGAAUUCAAACCAAUGUACUGGUUUGCUUAAAUCUGAUACUCCACUUUGAGUCCCCUGUAAAUAACUCUGCAUAAAUGACUGUUUGAAUUGCUUCUUAGGAAAUAUGUCAAAAUAUAUUUUGUAACAGCAUAUUCUCUAAAUUUUGUUUAAUCUUAGAGCUACAUACUUAUUUUUUGUUAAUUGGCCAUUAAGGGUAUAGUUACCAUUAGAUGUAAUUUUGGAGGUAAAGGCAUUGAAUUGUGUCUCAUCCUAACUUUCCUCACAUGAAUUAUUAUUAACUGGUUUGGGCUUGAGCCUGAAAGUUUGUUAUUCAUACGCAUGAUCUUAUUAAAAGACAGAGUUUGUUCAUGUUAGCAGGGAAGGACAGCCUUACGUCCUUAGUCCUUGGUUAUGCAGUUGGAUCCUCGUAGGUGCACCUUUGUUCCUGAAACGGAGUAUUGCAAAUGUAUUCCCUGGGUUGUAACACUGGCCCUGUUUAAGAAAUCUUGAGUUCUAUAUAAAUACGACAUCCACCCUGAGGGCUUCUCAAAAAAAAAAAAAAAAAAAAUCAUAUAGCUAUCUUACAAUGCUUGUUUAGAAUAAAUACUUUGCCAUUUCCUAAGAAUAAACUAAUUUAAAUGCAAAAAAAAUUUGCAAAUAAUGUAUGAAGGAAAAAAAAAAAUCUUACUUUUAAAGCUCUGAAAGUAGAAAAUGUGUGUUGCACCUCUCCUAGUAUUCAUUUAGGGUAUAACGUUACUUUCUUAUAAAUAUCAUCUCUUUAAGGGGUACUGUCUACUGUUCCUGCAUGUGUGGUUUCCUUUAAAGUUUGUGAAAUUUAUUGCUUCUCCUUAAGCAGAAGAAUACAUCUCUCAGUCCUUUGUACAACUGGAAUCUCAGUUCCAAAAAGACAUUGGUUGUUGGUUGCACCUUUGAGGAAAAAAAAAUACAGAUUCUUUCCUCCAAUUUUUCUUUUUAUGUUAGAAUUCUGCCUUUUUAUUAUUAACAUUAAAAACAAUGAGGAUUAUGUUGUUUUAAGCUAGUGUUGUAUUCCGGUUUGUAUCUAUAAUGAAUGUUUAAAAUAUACAUAUAUAAACUGGUCACGUUAUUAAUUUUUUUAAUCUUUCAGAGAAUACUGAAAGUGACUAAAACUUUAGGGGCACCUCCAUUUCCUAGCUUUUUACGGAAUGAGUAAAAUUAAAUAUUAUGUUCAAUAUCCGAUUGGGAUUUCCUUCUAAACUUAUCUGUUUGUUUCUGUAUUCUUUUGCAUUCAUUGUCCAUAUGAAAAAGAAGCAGAUAAUAAAACAUUGCUUUGUUUUGCUAAUUAAGA